CGAAGCUUCACCGUUACGAGCUAAACGGAGCUGCUGGGUACAUGAGAUACUACCUUCGAUACCAUCUUCUCCUGCUGAGUGGCAGCUCGCUUUCUCGAGGCGUCAGCAUGCACCGAAACAAGAGAACGCCCCACAGCGUCAAAGCUCCUUUCUGUGCUGUACAUUUUCCCCUUCCCCGGCCUUGACGUAGAAACGCGCCUAAACCAAACCCCCACCCGCUGAUAUGGCGCCUCUUUCCUUCGUUAACCAACCCUGGCCCUUUGUAGCCUUCAUGAUUUUCUGCCUGGUUGCUUCCCUCCCCCAUGCCACAAUCGGCCAUGCCAAGACGUCUGCGGCGGGACAACCUGCUCCGGGGGGGAGUCGUGCUGCAACAACCAGUGCUGCCCUUUUACCCCCGGGACGGAGAAUCUCCCGCGCAAUUUCAAUUGCUGUGGGGGGGUGUGCUGCCCCGAGAACGCCGCCCAAGGGUGCAGCGUCAGAUAUGCACCAGCAGCCCCUGGAGCUCCCUACUUGGGGACCCAGAUCUGUUGUUCCAAGUCACGGAUGUUCAACGCUUUCUCUCUAGCGGGCGUUGAGUUCUGCUGCCCGCACGACCUGUGCAUGGGCAUGUACUGCUGUACUCCAGGAGAAAGUGUCUGCACUUCGUUUGGGUGCGCACCACUCGGAUUCGUUAUUGGCGACCCGCACAUCAGCCUGCCGGGCCUGCUGCCGCCCAACCAGACUGACGUCACUGACUUCACAUUCGACUUCCAUGGAUCAGCGGGCAACGCCUACUGCAUGAUAACCAAUGCUGCAAUUACGGUGAACGCACACAUGUUCAGCCUGGCUCCCACCGCUCUAGUUCCCGAGCACCGCUACCAUGGCGGCCGGUGCUUCCAGUUCACCUGCAUCGACGGAAUCGGCUUCGUGUACCGAAAUCGCCAGGGCCGCACGCAGCGCAUCGCCGUCCGACUGGACCGCACGCUGACUGACGUCAGCGUCCACCCCUUCAACGUCACCUUUGAAGACGAACCGGUCAGGACGAGCGAAGACGCCGCUUGGACAAGCCCGGACGGAAUCGCCAAAGUCGGACGUACGGCCGUUCCGGACCAGUUGGUGGUGUCUUUGGACGGCCUCCUCGAAGUGGAGGUCAGCCGCGCCGAGGACGCGGAGCUCCGGGACCAACCGGAAGGUCCCCCCGUGCGCUACAUCAACCUGGCAGUCAAGGGACUGCCGGUCGGCCCGGGGGUGCACGGGUUCAUGGGCCAGAUGUACGCCCCCGGCGCAGUGGAAGCGCGGCUGAAGAUGGCCACGCAAGCCUACGACCGCUUCUCCACGGCGGCUCGGUCCAAAGCCCCCGGCUUGAUCGGUGCGUCGCGCAAACUGCGGUCAAGCGCGUCACAGAAGAAGGAGUCCCUGGCGUGCUCGUACUCGGGUACGAGCUUUGUUUGCAAGUAG